AUGUCGUUUUGGAUUCUGAUCUUGGACUGCAACACAAGUUUGAGGAAAAUUCACGGCCUGUUCUUGUCUCCUUGGCGGCGCCGUACCUUGUCAAUAGGACCCUGUGGACUUCGCAACGUCUCAUCUCGGUCGUCUGAAGUCUCGACACGGUACACCAUUACGUCCUGUCCUCCGACCGAUACAGAAACGUUGCGUACCAUUGUGGAAAAGCACGUCCGGAGUUUGGAUCGGUUUCUGCAAGCUAAGCCAGUAGCAGCGCAUACGCUCCGGGCUUUUCGUCAGGUGCACGAUGCAGUACCCGUGGAUACCCCCAUCAUCCUCGACAGUGGUUGUGGAACUGGUCGAUCCUCACUGCAUCUCGGAAGGUUGUACCCCGACGCCGUCGUUCUGGGAAUUGAUCGCUCCGUGGCGCGCUUGUCCAAAAAUCCGAACUUCCAAAGUUCCGUCGCCAGCGAUGAUGGGCCAUCGGACGACGCGCUGUUGGUUCGACAAGCCGCCGAUAACGUUUGGCUUGUACGGGCCGAGCUGGUGGACUUUUGGCGUUGUUGUAUCGAUGCUGGAUGGGAAUCGUCCAUAGCGCAACACUUUGUCUUGUACCCGAAUCCGUAUCCCAAAAAAAGUCGUAUCAAGAGUCGGUUGUACGCACAUCCGGGAUUUCCAUUGCUGCUGCGCCUAGGUGGGGACCGACUGACUGUCCGAUCUAAUUGGCGUACCUACUUGGACGAAUUCUCCGCAGCGGUCCAUACAGCUGCUGCUUGUCUCUCCACCACCCCAGACGAUGGUGACACCAGGGAUGAGGUCGACGGUAAGACUGGAGUAUAUGGUAAAAACUAUGCCCAGCGGUAUCUUGCAUCUACGCAAGAGGAAGCUAAACUACUGGAUCCGACUCUGAUACCAUGGACCAAUUUUGAGGAAAAAUACCACAAUGUUGGCGAGCGUACGUACGAACUUGUUCUGAAGCCUAUCUCGAAGUAG